AUGGUCGUGUGCGUGAGGGCCGUGUGCGUGAGGGCCGUGUGCGUGAGGGCCGUGUGCGUGAGGGCCGUGUGCGUGCUGGCCGUGUGCGUGACGGCCGUGUGCGUGAGGGCCGUGUGCGUGAGGGCCGUGUGCGUGACGGCCGUGUGGGUGACGGCCGUGUGCGUGAGGGCCGUGUGCGUGAGGGCCGUGUGUGUGACGGCCGUGUGCGUGAGGCCCGUGUGCGUGAGGGCCGUGUGGGUGAGGGCCGUGUGUGUGACGGCCGUGUGCGUGAGGGCCGUGUGUGUGACGGCCGUGUGCCUGAUGGUCGUGUGCGUGAGGGCCGUGUGUGUGACGGCCGUGUGCGUGAGGCCCGUGUGCGUGAGGGCCGUGUGUGUGACGGCCGUGUGCGUGAGGGCCGUGUGCGUGAGGGCCGUGUGGGUGAGGGCCGUGUGUGUGACGGCCGUGUGCGUGAGGGCCGUGUGCGUGAGGCCCGUGUGCGUGAGGGCCGUGUGCGUGAGGCCCGUGUGCGUGAGGGCCGUGUGCGUGACGGCCGUGUGCGUGAGGGCCGUGUGCGUGACGGCCGUGUGCGUGAGGGCCGUGUGCGUGCUGGCCGUGUGCGUGAGGGCCGUGUGCGUGCUGGCCGUGUGCGUGAGGGCCGUGUGCGUGACGGCUGUGUCCGAGAAGCCUGUGCAGAGGUCCCAGGGCGCCCUGUGUUUGGCUUUGCCUCCUGUUGCCAGGCGCCUGGCUCCCUCUGUGCCUGCCCCGCGGGAGGGAGCUGGCCUGCUGCCCUGGCACCUCCUCCUCAUUGAGUCCCCGAGCCAGGCCAGGGGCGCCCGGGCCGCCGGCAUCCAUCACGGCCGCCGCCGGGCCCUCACGGCGCUUUGA